UCUUAAGGCGGACUCCCACUACUCGUGUAUUUGGCAAGUACGCCAAUAUUUGCGUACUUGCCAAGUACACCAAGGUUCGAAUUCAAUUUACAAAUAGGGCGCUCCCACUACUCCUGUAUUUGGCAAGUACGCCAAUAUUUGUGUAUUUGGCAAUUACAGCAGGUUUCGUUGCCUCUCGGUCUUCAGUGUUUGUUUUCUUUCCAUCAUGGAUAGUCGCGUAGUCGCUUCAGCAGCGUUUGUGGUAUUGAGUGGCUGCAUGAGAAGAAUUAAAGCUCAUCAAGUUCAGAAAGCAAAAAGAAAAAGAAGAUGGUGGAUGACUUCUUUGAGCAGAAGUCGAGAGAGGUACAAUGUCUCCAUUAUGAUAGAGGACCUGAUUCGAGAACCGUCAGGAAGGUUGGAGAAUUUCCUGCGAAUGUCCUACACCGACUUCGAAUUUCUACUGAAUGAGGUGGGACAUAUGAUAGGGAAAAAAGAUACUCAGCUGAGGAAGGCAAUUUCAGUUAAGGAAAGGUUCUGCGUUGCUCUCAGAUUCUUCGCUAGUGGUGACAGUUUCGUGAGUUUGUCAUACCUCUUCAAAUUUUCACCACAAACUGUAUCCCGGUGCGUUUUCGACGUUUGCGAUGCAUUGAUUAGCGUUCUCAACCAUCAAAUAAAAGUAGGUAUACAACAAACAUUUCUACAUUGUUUAUUCAGUUAAGAAAUAAGGUAAAAGCAUGGUUAAAGUUAAAUUAAAGUAUGG